AUGGCCGGAUCGCCAGCUUCUGAGGUGAGAACACCAUGCCUGAGCUCUAGAGAGACCGCCGCGCGUAUAGUAGACGACAAGCACAGCAUCGAACAGGGUGAACCCCUCGGUGCAGCAAGUUCAACGGAGUCAACGCGUGGUGCCGCCAACCAAGCUGCGCCAGACGUCACGCCGUCCACGUCAGCCACGACCGCCACGUCAGCUGCGCCGGCCACGUCAGCACCGGAGAAAGCGGCGCAGGAGAAGGCCGCAGCGAGCGUGCCUAGUCUGCAUGACAUAUCAGACCACAGCAGCGAGGAAGGCGACAACGACCGGGAGGAGAAGGGUGGGAAGACGACGGGUGCUGCUGCUGCGGACGGGGAGGAGGAGCAGGGAGAGAAGGAACAGGCGAACGGGGAAAUGCGUAAUGGCAAUGGCACGAAUGGGAUUGCCAGUGAGAAAGAAGAUUCUGGCAGCGCUGGUGCUGCUGCUGGUGCUGCUGCUGUUGCUGCUGCGAAGGAGAAUGGGAGUGGCGGUGAUGGUAACGAUGCUGCUGCGAAGCCUGGGCUGCUCGCUGCGUGGCGGCAGAAGGCGGAGCGACUGUUUCCUGGGGUGCUUGGCAAGACCAAGACCACGCCCGAAGACCCUGCUGCCGCAGCUACUGCUGCUGCUGCUGCCACUGCUGCUGCUGCUGCCACUGCUGCUGCUGCUGCCACUGCUGCUGCUGCUGCCACUGCUGCUGCUGCUGGCACUGCUGCUGCCGCCACUGUUGCUCUACCAUCCCUUUCCUCCCCCUCUGCUCCAACUCCCCUCAGCUCCACCGUCCUCUUCCCUUCCGCUCCGCUUCCCUCCUCCACUAUCUCACGACCUAGAUUGAAUUCCUUUUUGAGAAUUCUCAGAAGGAACUCAAGUGCCACGUGGCAGCUACUGGGCGGUCUUCCAGGCGUUCUUCCUGCUCGGGUGGACUGCAUUCGGCGGCCCGUCCGCCCACAUCGCCAUGUACCACAAGCAGUUCGUGGAGCUGCGCGGGUGAGUGGAGCUGCGCGGGUGAGUGGAGCUGAGAGGGUGAGUGGAGCUGAGAGGGUGAGUGGAGCUGAGAGGGUGAGUGGAGCUGAGAGGGUGAGUGGAGCUGAGAGGGUGAGUGGAGCUGAGAGGGUGAGUGGAGCUGAGAGGGUGAGUGGAGCUGAGAGGGUGAGUGGAGCUGCGAGGGUGAGUGGAGCUGAGAGGGUGAGUGGAGCUGAGAGGGUGAGUGGAGCUGAGAGGGUGAGUGGAGCUGCGAGGGUGAGUGGAGCUGCGAGGGUGAGUGGAGCUGAGAGGGUGAGUGGAGCUGCGAGGGUGAGUGGAGCUGAGAGGGUGAGUGGAGCUGAGAGGGUGAGUGGAGCUGAGAGGGUGAGUGGAGCUGCGAGGGUGAGUGGAGCUGAGAGGGUGAGUGGAGCUGCGAGGGUGAGUGGAGCUGCGAGGGUGAGUGGAGCUGAGAGGGUGAGUGGAGCUGCGAGGGUGAAAGAUGUAUUCGCAGAGCUCCUCGCGCUCACCCAAGCGGUGCCCGGCCCAUCCAGCACGCAGAUGUCAUUCUCCAUCGGCAUUCUCCAGAAGGGCAUCACAGGCGGGCUGCUGCUUUUCCUACCAGCGCAAACACCCCUCAGCCCGUCUUCCCUUCCCACCGUCCGGACCCUUGUCCCUCCCUCUCGCCCCUCUUCCCACCCUCAGAUGUCAUUCUCCAUCGGCAUUCUCCAGAAGGGCAUCACGGGCGGGCUGCUCUCAGGCGCAUUGUUCCAGUUCCCAGGGGCUCUGAUCAUGGCCAUCGCUGGCUUUGGCGUUGCCAAGUUCCUCAUCGACCCAGCGCCCUGGCUGUCCGCGCUCUCAGCUGGGCUGGCAGCGGUCGCAGUGGCGCUGGUGGCGGAGGCAGCAGUGGUGCUGGGGAAGAAGAUGUGCCGCAACAAAGUGACUCGCGUGCUGUGCGUGGCGUCUGCUGUGAUUACCUUUUACUAUGCCACCCAAUGGAUCUUCCCCACCGUCAUCCUGCUUGGCGGCGCGGUCACGUACUUCACGGAGCGCAACAAGCCCAUUCCGCCGCAGCGCAGUGACAUUCAGAGGCUGGGCGUGUCGCCGCUGGUGGGGGGGAUGCUGCUGUUCGCGUGGAUCGGCAUUCUGGUCUUUUCCAUUGUGUAUAAGAACGCCACUAGCUACGAGAAAGCGCCGUGGAUCCACUGGUUCGAGGGCUUCUAUCUCACGGGCUCAGUGACGUACGGAGGAGGUCAGGUGGUGCUGCCGCUGCUGGAGAGUGUUGUGAUUGACUAUGAGACCGUGUGCCCUCCAAACGGUGGAAAGUGCGUUCAAGUGGAGGCCAACACAUCAUGGGUAACUUCGCAGCAAUUCCUCGCUGGACUCGCGCUGGCACAGGCCCUGCCUGGUCCACUGUUCAACUUCUCCGCCUACAUUGGCGCCAUUGUGGGGGGGAUGGGCGGGGUAAUAGCGUGCUGGUUCGGCCUCUUCUCGCCCGGCAUCCUCAUCAUCUACGGGGUUCUGCCCUUCUGGGGCAAAUUCCGCAAGUGGAAGCUGUACAAGCGUGCGACACCGGGCUUCAACUCAACCGCUAUUGGUCUCAUCUGGGCGUCAGUGUUUUCCCUGGGCCUCAAGGUGUACAAAGUCAGCCCCUUCCCCAUGGCGUCACUCUGCAUUGCCAUGAUUGGAUACGCUUCUACCAAUUUCCUCAAGAUCCCUGCUCCGCUUGCCAUCGUAGGUGGGGGAGCACUAGGGGUGGUAGCAUGGGCCACUCACAUGCAUUAG